UUAGCCAAAUAAUAUAAGAAUAAUAUAUGAUUAUACACCUAUUAUGUAAGAUAAUUUACUAGACUAAUAAUACAAAGACUUAAUAUAAGUAUCAUGUGAAUUAGCUAAAAUGUUUAUAUAAAAUUUAUUGAAAGUAAAAAGGCGAAUAGCUCCAUUAUCAUCUGUUGAAACAGAAUGCAUUGAUAUUCCAAUGAGUAGUAUGAUUUCUUCUCCAAAUACAGUUUAAAAUGCUGAUUUAUUUUUAAUUGUAUCAACAGAAAAUGAUCGAUAAUAAACAAGAAUUGCAAAUGCAGGAGCUUGCGAUUUCGACGACCGCCCAAUUAUAGGAAGAAUAUAAUUUAAUUAAGCUUCAUUGGAUCUAAAUGAUUUAGAUAAUAUGUUUACUUUAUAUUAUAAAGUAGCUAUUCAUGAAAUUAUACAUGUUCUAGGAUUUUCAGAUUAUUUGUACCCGCUUUGGAUUAAUCCGAUUACAAAACAAAGUUAUGGUUUUAAUUAUAGAAGGGAUGUUAUUUAAUAUUAAGAUAUUUUUGGAAAAGAAAGAGUUCUAAUUAUUUCUAAUAAUGUAAAAAAAGUAUUUUAAAGACAUUUUGGAUGCACAGAAAUUAAAGGAAUAGCCCAAGAAGAAAGUUCAAAUUCACAUUUUGAGAGAAUUUAUAUAUCUACUGAUUUAAUGAAUGCCUCCGUAGAUAGUAAAAUGGGAGGAUUAACUUAAUUUACAAUUGCUUUAUUAAAAGAUACUGGAUUUUAUGAAGAUGUUAAUGAAAAUAUGGCUACUUAUUCCUUUUGGGGUUAUAAUAAGGGAUGUACUUUUAUCAAAGAGGCUUGCAAAAGUUAAUAUCAAUAUAGAGAAUUUAGUUAAGAUCUUUCUAAAUAUUAUUAUAAUUGUGAUGUUAAUGGAGAUGGUAAAGGAUCUAUUUUCAAUUCUACUUUUACUGAUGGAUGCUCUUUUAUAAAACCUAUUUAUACUCAGUUUUGUACUAUGUUCGAUAAAUAUUAACCUAAUUAAAUUUCUGGAGAAAUUUAUAGUUAUAAUUCGAAAUGUGUCAAUUCUAAUUAUGGAUUUGAUACUAUUUGGAAUCCUUAUAUUUCUGUUUAUGGCGAUAUUAGAUGUUUUUAAACUAAUUGUAAAGAUGAUGAAACUUUGGAAAUUAUUACUUCUAAUAAGGAAGUUUAUGUUUGUAAAUAUCCGUUGUAGAUAAUUACUUUGACUGGAGACUUAAAAGGAACUAUUUAAUGUCCUGAAAAUUUUAAAUAUUAUUGUUCUUAUAGAAGUUAUUGUAAAUAAGAUUGCUCAAGGAAAGGAUACUGCUUGAAUAAUGUAUGUAAUUGUUUACCAGGAUUUGGAGGAAGUUAUUGCUAAAUAUAAUUAAGUGAAGGAUAAGUUUUAUAUAACCAUUAAAUUUAAAUUACUUGUCCUAAAGGCACAUUCAAGAAUCCAAACAAUGAAUGUUUAUCCACUUGCCCUAGAGGUUAUUUUGGAGAUUAAUAAACUUAGGAAUGUAAAAAUUGCAGUUCUAAAUGUUCUUAGUGUACAGGACCUGAAUAAAAUGCAUGUACUAAUUGCAAUAUGGAUUAUAUUCUGAUUAAUAAUUAAUGUAUUGAAAGCUCUCCUUUAUGUUUAAACAAUUGUCGGAUUUGUUCAGAUACAAUUUGUUAUUCAUGCAAAUUAGGUUAUUAUUUAAAUAAAAAUAAUUAAUGUGUUAAAUGUAGCAAUAAUUGUUAUAAAUGUGCAGAUAAAAUAGGUUUUUGUAUUUAAUGUGAACCUUAGUAUCAAUUGUAUAAUUAAAAUUGUUAUUCAAUAAAUGAAUUUUCACCUAAUUGUAUUUCUUAUGAUCUUUAAGAUAAAAGUAAAUGCCUGAAAUGUUUUGAUCAAUAUUAUUUGGGAGAAGAUGCUUUAUGUAAAUAAUGCAAAGAUGGGUAUUAUUUUGAUAUAAUAAAUUAAAAAUGUAUUCAAUGUGAUUCUUAAUGUAAAACAUGUAUUAAUUAAGCUAGUUCUUGUACUUCUUGUGAAACUGAUGAUUAUUUUUUUAGUAUUGAAAAAAAAUAAUGCAUUAGUAUUAGUUCAAAUCAAGUUAUUUUGGAAAAUUCAAAAUGUCAUUUUAGUUGUAAUUAAUGUUUUGGCGAGAAAUAUUAUUAAUGCAUUACUUGUAAAGGAAAUAGAGAAGCUUAUUAGUAUUUUUUAGGCAUGAGAUCUUGCGAAUGUAAUUAUAUGGGAAAAAGUAGUGAUAUAGGAACCGAAAUGUGCAUUUAUAAUGAAAGUGGACAUUAGAUGUUGUAUUUAUGUUAUAUUUGCGUUUUCUUAAUGGUUAUAUAAUAGCUUUAUUUUGUUUUUUUGAAAAAAUAAUCGCCUGCUUAUCUUAUUAUUGUGGUUGAAUUUGCAUAGAAAAUAAGCUAUUUUUAAUUUAUUAAUUAAUAUACUAUUUUACAUUUGGAUUAGUUUUUUAAUAUUUUUUAGUAUUCUAAUUUAAUUAAUUAUGCUAAUUAUUUAGUUCCUUUAGAUAAUAAAACUAUAUUUUAAAAUUAGAAAGCUUUUUUAAAUGGAAAAACUCCCUAUUUUAUUUUGAAUAUUAUUGUUUUAUUAUUGCUUUUGGUCAUUUUUUACUUAACCAUGCUAUAUUUAGUUAAGAUUCUUAAAAAAAUCAAAGAAGUUGAUUAUAAAUAUUAUAUUGUACUAAUUAAUUUUUUUAUUAUACAAGAAGUUACAUUCAAUGCAAUACUAUAAUUACAAACUGCUGAUUAUGAUGUUUUUGCUGCUUUAAAUUGUGUAUUUGCAUUUUCUAUGGUAGGCUUUAUUAUCUUUUAAAGUUUUAAAAUUAUGAAAGAAAAUGUAGGACCUUUUGGAAUAAGUAAAGUUGCUAGUUAACCAGAAAUACCUGUUCAAUUGGAAAAUUAAUAAAAAUUGGAACUGCAGGUUGUUAAUAAUAUAGGUAAUAAUGAAUAAACUUAGCUUGGUAUUAAAGAUUAUAAUAGUAAUUAAAUAUAAUCUCAUGCUAUUAAUAGUUAAUAAAUUGUAAAUAAAAUUUAAGCUAAAGAAGAGUUGAAAUCAAUAAAAAUUAAUAAAUUUGAAAUUUAUUCAUUAUUAUUUAUUUAUAAAAUUGCAAUUUCUAUGAUUUUUGGGUUUAUUCAUUUUUAAGUUUUGGUUUAAUUAAUAAUUUUUAUUGUUUUUUAGAUUUUAACGUGCGUUUUUGUAGGUUUGAAAAUCUAGUUUAUUGAAAGAAAUCACAAAUUAUAUUUUAUUGAAAAAUAAAUUUAAUCAAUUGUAAUUGCAGGAGCUUAUAUGUGUAAUAUUCUUUUAGAAGGAAAAAAUUAUAUUUUUUAAAUUGUGAUUACUGCAUUUAUUUUAGGUGUGCUUUUCUUUGAUGUAUUUUGGAAGUUUAUUUGUGAUUUUAUAAAUAUUACUAUUGACAUUGUUAGAUGCAUAAAAAAUAAAGAAACUAAUAUGUCAGUUAAAUAACGGGUGUAAUAAAAUUUUCUUAAUAUUGAUGCAUAAAGUAGACAAUAAAUAGAAAAUAAUAAAACUUAUGGACACAGUGAUAAAAAUCAUAAUAACUCAAUUUAAACUGGUAUUAAUUCGCCAGGGCUAAAUGCUAAUAACAUUCAACAAUAUAAUGAUGAAUUAUUGAGCAAAAAAAAACUUUAUUCAAAUCAUAGUUCCA